AUGGCUACCAGACGUCAGAAUAAAAAGCCUUCUGAUGGUCCAUCAAUACCCCUUGCUGCUGUUGACAACAACAAAAAGGCGUCUCCAGGCCAUAAGACAUUAUAUGAAAUUGCUGCGGAGCGCCAGGCAGAGCUACUGACAUCGCAGCACAGACAAACAUCGUCUAAUGAUGGGAAAACUCCACCCAAAAUGCAGUAUGUCCAUAUGAAUGCGGACGGCGAAAUUGUUCACUCCCCACUCCCAGAUACACCGGAGACCGCACCCGCAAAAGCAGAGUCAGAAAACUCCGAGUCACUACCACCGCUGGCGGAUACCAUAUUCCUUUCCCUGUCACUCUCCUGUAUUCACUUUACUUUAUCAUUCCUUGCCGCGCACCAGUUCGCCCAGGAAAUCGAAUUUGAUAGGAUAAUUUUCGAAACCUUGGUCGUGGCCUUUCCAGUUAUGACUCUCCUUAUCCAUUUCGUCCACGGACACAUGGUCACUUUUCCCAAGAUAUCCUUGCUUUCAUUAUAUCCUAAAUCAGGAAAGAAAACUGCGAAUGAGACCUCUGGACAACUCGCAACAAGAAAAUCUCUGAUACUUGCUCUAUUCCCGCCAACAGCUCACAAUAUCAUCUUUCUAACAUUUUCCGUUUUCUUGGGAUCGAGGUUAAUUGCUAUGGCGAAUGAGGCGUCUUACUAUGCAGCAAUGAAGAAGACUCCGGCCCUCGGCACCUUAUGGGUAUGGGCAGUUGUGGAGAUGACUGCUGGGUUUUCUGUGUUGGGUCUGGCUGUCCCAGUUGUGUGGGCAGUUUGGUUGAAAGGACAUUCCCUUUGGUAA